GGUGUUGAAUGUGCUUCACCUGAGAAAUUUCGGCGUACAAGAACACCAUUUGCUGUACCUUUUGAAACUACCAACGGAAAGACUUUUAAUGCUGGCAUUGAAUCUGCUUCCUCUAAGAAAUGCAUGGCUGAUGCACUCACUAAGACGACAACUAUACAGUUUCCCUUCCAGCCAACCGGCAAAAGGACUAAGAAGAAGCCUGUUAAAGAAGCCGUGCCUGUCAAGACUAAGAAGCGAGGAAGACCACCCAAAGAUGGUAAUUCUAGCAAGAGAGCACUUGAUUUGAAGGCUUGUAACAAGGAACACUCUGAGGCAGCACUGUCAAAGUCAUCAAGAAAGGAUGAGAAAAAGAUAGCACAAUCAGUUACCUCCUCUUUUCCAUAUUUUGUUAAAAUAAUAAAAAAGUUCAGUGUCGGUGGUUCAUGUAUUCUGAAUGUACCCUGUGGAUUUCAAUGGCACAUCUUCCAAAAGGAAAUAUACAAAUUAUUCUUCAUAAUUUGAAGGGAGAACGUUGGACUGUUAAUGCUGUUGCUAUAGCUAAAGGACGGCAUAAAACAAGUCAUAUUCUAUCUGCAGGAUGGAUAACUUCUGUUCGUGCCAAUAGCAUAAAGAUUGGAGAUGUCUGCAUUUUCGAACUUAUUGACGAGUCUGAAUUACGUGUUCGUAUUGCUGAGGUUGGAAAAGAUGGGCUAGACUACCAGGUUGGAAAGGAAGGUCUUGACCAUCAAAAUGAGCAUAUGAAACUUAAUAGCAUGUAGUUUGCUAUUGUUCCAUCCAUCUACCUGCUAACGUUCUGUUCGCGAUACAGAUGAAUCAAUUUUGUAGUAAGAGUCGUAAAAGACUUUAUAGAUGUCUGUAAAUUCAUGCUGUCUCUUCGUACAUGUUUUACACGACACCAUUUGUGCCGUCUCUUCGUAAACUCAUCUCUAAUCAAGAUCAUAUAAUGUAUUAACUAUCUAUCACUCUACUGCUUUUUAGUUCAUAUCA